GAAAAAGGAAAGAAGAGGAGGAGGAGCAGUGAGCCGACUGAGACGUGUGAGGCCUCAGGAGACCUAGCAAGAGCUAAGUUCCUGGAUAAAUACUGGGAGUAUGAUCAGCUUGGCGAAGGAGGUUUCGGAGCCGUUUUUGCUGGCUUCCGCAGAGAAGAUUGUUUCCCAGUAGCKAUCAAACACAUACAGGACAAACAUUGCCUCCCACCAUUGUGCCUACAUGGGAAGGAGCUCCCUGCAGAGGUGGCCAUAAUGUUAAAACUAGCAGCAGAAAAAGAUGACUCUGCAGGGAUGUCAGCACCAAUACAAUUGCUGGACUGGUAUGACCUGAGCCACGAGUUGAUACUGGUGCUGGAGAGACCUGAAUGUGCCUCGGACCUUGCUGACRACACAGCUGUAAACGGAGGGUCUCUACAGGAGUGGGAGGCCAAGAACAUUAUGAGACAGCUGGUGGACGCUGCUAUUGGGCUGGAGAAGAGGCACAUCUUUCACUCCGACCUGAAACUGCAGAAUAUC